AUGGCUGGCCAAUUUGAGCGCCACCCAUUCCUUCUGCCGGUCCAAGAUGUUGCGAAGGCGCUGGAGGUAGACCUCGACAGAGGUCUGUCGUCCGCGCAGGUGACGCAACUCCAGGCAAAGUAUCCGCCCAACGAGUUGGACGUGGGCGGAGCUAUCCCUUGGUACAAGAUCUUCCUUAAGCAGCUGUUCAAUGCCAUGAUUCUGGUCUUGUUUUUUGCCAUGGCUCUGAGUUUCGCCGUCCGGGAUUGGGUAGAGGGUAGCGUUCUGCUUGCCGUCAUCAUUCUCAACGUCUCUAUCGGAUUUUACCAGGAGUAUGGCGCGGAGAAGAAGAUGGAUGCCCUUAGAGCUCUCUCUGCCCCCAGCGCCAUGGUGCUCCGUAACGGGAGGACCGAGGUCAUCCCCAACGCCGAAGUCGUACCGGGCGACGUUAUCAUCCUGAAAAUGGGUGACACCGUUCCUGCCGACCUCCGUCUCUUCGAAGCCAUGAACCUCGCUGCUGACGAGCAAUCUCUCACCGGGGAAUCCGUAGCCGCUGAAAAGAUUGUGGAGCAUUUGGAAAACGAAGAACUGGGCAUCGGCGACAGGAUCAAUAUCGCUUAUGGUACUACCACUGUCCGGAAGGGCCGUGGCCGUGGCGUCGUCAUAUCUACCGGCAUGCAGACCGAAGUCGGCAAGAUUGCUGCUUCGACUACUAGGAAGCACCCCAAGCCUGGCCGUUCCAUGAAUUACAAGAAGUAUGGGGGGCGGCAAGUUGCCGUGGGUCUGACCAAGCGUAUCUACGAUUUUGUCGGCAAGUUCCUUGGUCUGACUGAAGGGACGCCCCUCCAGAGAAAGCUGUCGGGGUUGGCUUAUAUACUUUUUGCAUGUGCCCUGCUGCUUGCCGUCAUUGUCUUUGCUGUUAGCAAAUUCGUCGUCCCUCCGGAAGUUGUCAUUUACGCUAUUAGCACGGGUAUCGCCAUCAUUCCAGAGUCUCUCGUUGCCGUUCUCACUAUCACCAUGGUUGUUGCCGUGACCGUCAUGCGCAAAGCCAAUGUCGUUGUCCGAGACUUGUCCGCCCUCGAGGCACUUGGCGGCGUCACCAAUAUCUGCUCUGACAAGACGGGCACUCUGACGCAAGGCGCUAUGAUAGUCCGAAAAGUAUGGAUUCCGUCCAAAUUGAUCUAUACGGUCAAGGAUUCCAAGCACCCAAGCGAUCCGACCGAGGGGACGGUCACGGUCUCGGAGGCUGACGACCAAGUGCAAGAACCUGAGAAGCGAGAUUUCGAUCAGGAGCGCAGCGCGGCGGUCCUGAAAUUCGACGUUCCGGACGAGAAGCUCAACCCUCCCAAGCCCCAGAAGGAUGAUGGGAAAGAGGCCACCAUGACGCCCGAGCUACAAGCCUUCCUCCUUUCCGCGGCUCUGUGCAACCUGGCUACCGUUAGGCAUGACCGAGAGGCCGGUCCCGACCAGCCCGAAUGGAAAGUAACCGGCGAACCCACGGAGAUUGCUCUGCAAGUAUUCGCGUACCGUUUCCAGCGGGGCAAGAGGGUUAUGGAAGCCGAAGGCUGGAAGCAAGUUGCCGAGUUCCCCUUUGAUAGCAGCAUCAAGCGCAUGUCUGUGGUUUACAACGGCCCGGAUAUCGAUCACAGCGUGAUAUUUACCAAGGGUGCCGUCGAACGGGUGCUCGACCUCUGCUCUACUGUCGGUAUCGGGAGUGCCCAGGAGCCCAUGACUGACGAAUACAAAGAGCGAAUCUUGAAGCAGAUGAACACUUUUGCCAGCCACGGCCAGCGCGUUCUUGCUAUCGCCACGCGACAAUGGCAAGGGAGAUACGAAAACAAGACUGCUCCCGCCAGCAGUGAAAGCGAUGAUGCCCUUCGCCAACGCGUGGAGACUGACCUUACGCUCUUGGGUUUGGCAGGAAUCUAUGACCCUCCGCGCAAAGAAACUACACCUGCCAUUGCUGAAUGUUCUUCCGCUGGUAUCAAGGUACAUAUGUUGACUGGAGAUCAUCCUGCGACCGCCGAGGCCAUAGCCAAGGAGGUGGGCAUCAUCCCCAGGAACCUCGGCAUCCUAGGCCAAGACGUGGCGAAUGCGAUCGUGCAGAAGGCGAGCGACUUCGAUAAACUCACGGACGAAGAGAUAGACGCUUUGCCCGAACUUCCCCUUGUCCUUGCCCGUUGCGCGCCGGAUACCAAGACUCGCAUGAUCGAAGCUCUGCGCCGUCGGUCGGCUUUCAUGGCUAUGACAGGCGACGGCGUCAAUGACGCGCCGUCUCUAUCUCGCGCUGACGUCGGAAUCGCUAUGGGCUCCGGGUCUGAUGUGGCUAAGUCCGCGGCCAAGAUCGUGCUAACUGACGACAAAUUCAACUCGAUCGUCGCGGCUAUCCGCGAGGGUCGACGCAUGUUCGACAACAUCCAGAAGUUCAUCCUACACUUGCUCACGUCUAACGUGGGAGAGGUCAUCUUGCUUAUCUGCGGUCUAGGCUUCCAGGAUGAAUCGGGCAUUUCGGUGUUCCCCAUCUCCCCUCUCGAGAUUCUCUGGAUCAACAUGCUCACGUCGUCUUUCCCCGCUUUCGGUCUCGGUCGUGAGCGAGCCUCCCGCGACGUGAUGCGCAAGCCCCCGCACGACAGCAAGCGCGGUGUGUUCACCAACCAGAUCAUAAUUGAUAUGCUCGUGUAUGGGCUUCUCAUGGGCAUCUUAUCACUGAUGACCUUCGUCAUCAUCAUCUACGGAGUAAACGACGGGCAGCUAGGACGUGAUUGCAACUCUCACUUCACGGAUCAGUGCGAAGCCGUGUUCCGAGCGCGAGCGACCGUAUUCGCCGAGAUCACCUGGCUCAUUCUCAUCAGCGCAUGGGAGUUCAAGGACAUGCGGCGGUCGAUGUUCCGACUCAACCCUGACAACCACUCCAAGUUCGCCUUCUUCCAAGACCUCUACGAGAAUAAGUUCUUGUUCUGGGCCGUGGUUAUCGGGGCGGUCAGCGUGUUCCCUGUCGUGUACAUCCCCGUGGUCAACACCAGCGUCUUCAAGCACAAGGGGAUCAGCUGGGAGUGGAGUCUGGCUGUCGCGGCGACCAUCAUCUUCGUCGCCGGCAUGGAGCUCUGGAAGCUGACCAAGCGCCACUUCAGGCUUCUCGAGGAUGCUGCCGUGGUUCGGGGCGCCUUCUCGCAAGGUAGCGAGGAACACGGGAGGAAGUUCCCCCACACGAUGAGCUUCAGCAGCUUGAAGAGUUGGCGCAGUAUCGGGAGGAGGGACACUGGCGAGACCCGCGCCAGCACGAGAGAGAAGAAGGACACGAGCGCCGUAUAA